AUGACGCAGGGUAAGUGGAGGCGAGUUGUAUGGAAACAUCGCGACAAGGCAAUAGACGACGCGUCGGCCAGGCCGCCGGAGGUGGAGGAGCCGGUGGUGGGCGAGAGCUUCGAGUUCGCCUUCAACAACGAGGCCUUUUCCGACAGGGUGCUGAAGGUAGAGGUCGUCGGCAGUGAAGAUGCUGCCGGCUUUCUGAUAAGCUUUUUGCUUCUUAGCUUUUUCUCAAAUGGCAUGAAAGAGUCUGAUCAGAGGCAAGCAACACUUACAAUUGGAGAUUCAGAGGAAAAGGCCUUCAUGGAGCUUUUAAUCUUUAUGUAUAGUGGGAAGUUGACACCAACAACUGAGCCUACUCUUCUACUUGAUAUCUUGAUGAUCGCUGACAAAUUUGAGGUCAUUUCUUGCAUGAAGCUUUGCAGUCAGCGGCUGCUAGACCUGCCUAUGACCCCAGAAUCGGCAGUGAGGUGCCUAAAUGUGCCAUGUUCCAUUUCAAUGGCAGCUGCCCUCAAAGAGGCAGCCAAGCAAUUCCUUGCAGAAAGGUACAAGGAGCUCCUGUCAACAAACUUCCAAGAUGAACUAAUGAGGGUCCCUCUUGCUGGGAUUCAGGCCAUCUUAUCAAGGAAUCGCCUUGGGGCUGCAUCGGAAGAAUCCAUUUAUGACUUUGUGCUCAGGUGGGCACGUUCACGGUACCCAAAUUCGGAAGUAAGGGACAAGAUUUUGAGUUCACGUUUACUUCCACUGGUGCCAUGGGUGCUCGGGAUGACCGAUGACAUUCAAAUUGAUCAUCCAUCUUGUAUAAUUAACUUCACUAUAAAGCGUGAGAAGUGUUGCAGGCUGGUCCCAUCAGGAUUAAUGCGUUCUCCGUCGUUCCAUUGCGCGGGGCGUGACUUCUUCCUCUCGGCAUGUUGUGUGACGACAGAUCAGUCCCAAUUUUUUAGCCUCGCCAUAAAGAUGUUAGAAGACAAGGGGGCAGUAAGGGGGAAAAUAGAUUAUGAGAUUGGGGCAAAGACAAGACCAUCGCUGAAGUUCGUCACCAAGUACAGGUGCACCACCUCCACCGAUAGUAUGGGACAAGAUGGUUGUUGCGUUCCUUGGUCGGAGUUAAUGGCUGACGACAACCCUUACUUCAUCUACGAUAAACUCCAUCUGCAAAUUCACGUGAAGAUAACACCACUGCCAUAG